CAGCAGUAUUGCUCUCUCAAGUCUCAACUCAAAAAAACUACGGCAAGCCCAAAAUAUAUCAAGACAAGAACAGCAUGGUUUACUUUUGUUUUCUUAUUGAUCAGACUCGGAAAGUGAGAAGAAGCAAGCCGGCAGCUGGAACUUGUUCAAGGUGUGGUGGCGGAGCAAGUGUAGCUGACAUGAAAACCUGUACAAGAUUUUGCUAUGUGCCAUUUUACUCGAGAUCUUGGAGAGCUAUCAUGUGUACUUUCUGUGGAGCUAUUCUCAAAUCUUACCACUGAAUUACUGUUCUUCAUUCCUUUAGCUAGUUAGCUUUGGAGGACUUCAGCAUGGGUUUUUCCCUCCCUUGCUCAAUAAGUUUAUAUAUAUGGUGUUAAUUAAAUAAGUUUUGGACGCCUUGCAGCUACUUAUAAAAACAUGCUUGAACCUCUAGUUUUACACGUUGCUUAUUCUAUUUCUUAACCUUUUUUUUUAUGAGAAAUCUGGGUUGGGAAAUUGUAGAGAGCAGUGUUGUUCAUCGAGAAAAAAUUAAGAAGAAGGAAACUGUAGAGAGCUAGAGUCCUCAAAGGGAGAUAGAUGCUCAAUGUUCUUUCUUGUUUGCAGCAUAGAAAAAGGGGGGAUACGUCAAUGGUUUUGGGUUUGGAAUCCUGCAGUUUGUGCAGCGAGUGUGAUAAAUUUACAGACGGGCAGCUUUAAUCAGGAGGAUGGACAGUAAUGGCUCAUCAUCAAGAGGAGAGGACAUGGAAGGUGGAGUUCUGUACGUGAUGCCAAUAACUGAAUACAAGUACGUGUUAACUUCUACGUACGAAUACAAAGUAUGAUCAUGAAAGGGCAGGAAGAUGAAAACUCAUGGGAUUUUCCUUCUGUUUUUGUUGCUGAGGGAAUCAAGGGAUGGAUAUGGACAGCCGUGCCUGGGAAGCUGUUGAAUGACGAUGAGAUGCAUGUGAAAUGCCAGCAAGAAAAAGGGUGUUUGGUUUCCCUUUCAUCAUCAUCUACAGAUAUUAUCACUCUCAGUGCAUUUUUUAUGUCUCAGCUUAAUGAGUGAAGAAAUUUAUGAGAAAGGACAACUGGGUGUAAUAAAUUAUGAGAAUUAAUGCCAUUAGAUUACAGCUUUCUGUAUUUAUUUUA